AUGUUCGAUAAUCCUCAAUGGGCGGUCGACUCGACGCGAAAGAGGGCCAGGGACGAAGAAGAGGCCUUGAAUGGAACCACUGGCUUCACCGAGCAUAGGAACAAGCGCCUUCAUUCUCUGCCGUUGCGAUCAAGCCCCGGUCACAAGCGAUGGACUGGUCCUCCUCCGACCUUUCCCAGCUCGUCGCUCGCUCCAUCCACAAUCACACCAAGCGACUCGGACUCGGAAGACUUGCACCAACAACAGCAGUUGCAGCAGAACAAUGCAUCACAUCUCUCGUCAUGGCCAUAUGGGCCAGCCCCGUCGCAGCAGCAACAGCAGUCCCCAGACUCUUGCAUGGAUGCCGAUAGAGACACAGACAUGAUGGUCAUGGAGGAUACGCAACACCUGAACCCCGGAUCUACGCAGCCGGAUCAUGUCGGCUCCAGCAUUACUGGUCGGAUGCCAACACCCAUCCACGCUACUUUCGCAGCUCAGGUCCGAGGCAACAAUUGGGGCACGGCAAAUGGAAGCAACAUGCAGUCGUCGUCUGGGACCGCCUUCCCCAGAGCUUUCCCACCGCCGCAAGAUCCCACUGUCCCACGAUCCGCCGAGAAUGUUGCAGAAUGGUCCAUGGUGCAGAACAGGAGAUUACCGUCGCCAAUUAGUGAAAGCGGCGGUGAGGAAGCACCUACCAGCCCUGGCAUGGUCCUGGACUCCUCGCCUGCCAUGCAGCGACCGUACCUGCCGCACAUGCCGCAUUCGACAAAUCCAGCAAUGGCUCAUCCCAAUGUGGAGAUAGUGACCCCUCGGGCCUCGACCGACGAUGUGGGCAUGAUGGACAUGGAAGAUGGACAGGAUGGCUCGCCGACUUCAGCUCCCGCGACUCCGUCACCUCGUAGCAAGUUUGGACACUCUCGCAGCAAGCACACGCUCAAUUCAUGGACACUGCAGCCCGGCAUGAAGAAGUCGUUCAGUAUAGGUUACCGCGCCGACUGUGAGAAAUGCCGCCUCAAGAUCCCGGGUCAUUUCAACCAUAUCAUCGUCUCAUAG